AUGUGUGGCAUUUGUUGUUCUGUAAACUUUUCUGCUGAGCAUUUCGGUCAAGAUUUAAAAGAGGACUUAGUGUAUAAUCUUAAACAGCGGGGACCCAAUAGUAGUAAACAAUUGUUGAAGUCUGAUGUUAACUAUCAGUGUUUAUUUUCUGGUCAUGUUCUCCACUUGAGGGGUGUUUUGACUGUCCAGCCUGUGGAAGAUGAAAGAGGCAAUGUGUUUCUAUGGAAUGGAGAAGUUUUUAGUGGAAUAAAGGUUGAAGCUGAAGAGAAUGACACUCAAAUUAUAUUUAAUUAUCUUACCUCCUGUAAGAAUGAAUCUGAGAUUUUGUCACUCUUCUCAGAAGUGCAAGGUCCCUGGUCAUUUAUAUAUUAUCAAGCAUCUAGUCAUUAUUUAUGGUUUGGUAGGGAUUUUUUUGGUCGCCGUAGCUUGCUUUGGCAUUUUAGUAAUUUGAACAAGAGUUUCUGCCUCUCUUCAGUUGGCACCCAAAUAUCUGGAGAAACAAAUCAGUGGCAAGAAGUUCCAGCAUCUGGACUUUUCAGAAUUGAUCUGAAGUCUGCUGCCAUAUCCAGAUGCAUUAUUUUACAACUGUAUCCUUGGAAAUAUAUUUCUAGUAGGGAGAAUAUUAUUGAAGGAAAUGUUAAUAGCCUGAGUCAAAUUUCAGCAGACUUACCAGCAUUUGUAUCAGUGGUAGCAAAUGAAGCCAAACUAUAUCUUGAAAAACCGGUUGUUCCUUUAAAUAUGAUGUUGCCAAAAGCUGAAUUGAAUACUCACUGCAGUAAUAUUUCCAAUGUGCCACUUACGAGAGAGACACUUCAAGUCUUUCUUACCAAUGUACACAUGAAGGAAAUAAUUCAGCAGUUCAUUGAUGUCCUGAGUAUCGCAGUCAAGAAACGUGUCUUGUGUUUACCUAGGGAUGAAAACCUGACAGCUGAUGAAGUUUUGAAAACGUGUGAUAGGAAAGCAAAUGUUGCAAUUCUGUUUUCUGGGGGCAUUGAUUCCAUGGUUAUCGCAACGCUUGCUGACCGUCAUAUUCCUUUAGAUGAACCAAUUGAUCUUCUUAAUGUAGCUUUCAUAGCUGAAGAAAAGACCAUGUCAACUAGCUUUAACAAAGAAAGGAAUAAACAGAGAAAUCAAUGGGAAAUACCUUCUGAAGAAUCCUCUAAAGAUGUUGCUGCUGCUGCCUAUGGCAGUACCAUAAUGUCUGUCAAUGUGCCAGAUCGAAUCACAGGAAGAGCAGGACUAAAGGAACUACAAGCUGUUAGCCCUUCCCGAAUUUGGAAUUUUGUUGAAGUUAAUGUUUCCAUGGAAGAACUGCAGAAAUUAAGAAGAACUCGGAUAUGUCACUUAAUUUGGCCAUUGGAUACAGUUUUGGAUGAUAGUAUUGGCUGUGCUGUCUGGUUUGCUUCUAGAGGAAUUGGUCAGUUAGUGGCCCAGGAUGGAGUGAAAUCGUAUCAGAGCAAUGCAAAGGUAGUUCUCACUGGAAUUGGUGCAGAUGAGCAACUUGCAGGUUAUUCUCGUCAUCGUGUUUGCUUUCAGUCACAUGGGCUGGAAGGAUUGAAUAAGGAAAUAAUGAUGGAACUGGGUCGAAUUUCUUCUAGAAAUCUUGGUCGUGAUGACAGAGUUAUUGGUGAUCAUGGAAAAGAAGCAAGAUUUCCUUUCCUGGAUGAAAAUGUCGUCUCCUUUCUAAAUUCUCUACCAGUUUGGGAAAAAGCAAACUUGACUUUACCCCGAGGAAUUGGUGAAAAACUAAUUUUACGCCUUGCAGCUGUGGAACUUGGUCUUACAGCCUCAGCUCUUCUGCCCAAACGGGCCAUGCAGUUUGGAUCAAGAGUUGCAAAAAUGGAAAAAAAUAAUGAAAAGGCAUCUGAUAAAUGUGAACGGCUCCAAAUAAUUUCCUUAGAAAAUCUUUCUACUGAAAAGGAGACUAAAUUGUAAUGUGAUUCACAAUGUAACUAUGUUUAUAUAAAAGUAAAAAUACUCUGCUGCUUUAUUGCUGUAUAAUAUAGUAGUUUUAAAGGUUA